CAACACAUUGACGACACACGAGAAGUCCAAUAGCAAGCUAUUGUGGUGACUCCUCCCCCUCAAAAAAGUAAUUUAAUAUCGUGUGACCCAAUGAGCCACAUAUCAGAUAUUAAACUGAUAAGAACAGAUACUACACUUGAUCUUAGCCAAAAGGCCGAGAAAGCAAAUUUAGGAUCAUCACAAACACUCCUACACCAAAGCCUUUCUUUUCUGAACCAACAAAUUCUGCCUCAUUUCAUUUUCACUUUGAAAUCAAAGAACAUGUCUGGUGUAUCUCUAGCAACAAAUCCUCAACCACAUCAUGCAGAACAAACAGAACCAGAAACUGCAGACACAAAACCAAAACAAAGAACAGAUGCAGCACCUUCAUCAGGUGGAAUGAUGGGUUCAUUACGUGUAAUAGAGCUUCAACUUGUAGCAUUCAUCUUAGUUUUUUCAGCAAGUGGUCUUGUUCCACUUCUUGAUCUAGUUUUUCCUGCUCUUGCUUCUGCAUAUAUCUUAGCACUUGCACAUUUUGCAUUUCCAUCAUCAUCUUCUUCUACUACUACAUCAAAUUCACAACAAGAGAUUUUCAAAGGAAGUAGAAUGUUUAGAAUGUAUGUUAUUGUUGGAACAACUAUUGGUUUGUUUUUACCACUUGCUUAUGUUCUUGGAGGGUUUGCAAGAGGUGAUGAACAUGCUGUGCGUUCUGCAACACCACAUCUUUUCUUGCUUUCUUUUCAGAUUUUGACUGAGAAUAUUAUUAGUAGUUUGUCUUUGUUUUCACCACCUGUUAGAGCUUUGGUUCCUAUGAUUUAUACUAUUAGAAGGAUCUUUGUUGAUAUUGAUUGGAUCAAUGAUGUUUGGCUCAACAAGACUUUACCUGCUAAUGCUCGCAUUCAGGACACAGCAUGGUAUUGGUUUGGGAAGGGUCUAGCAGUGGCAAAUCUGGUUUAUUUCUCAAUCAAUCUAUGUGGAUUCUUGAUACCAAGGUUCCUUCCAAGAGCUUUUGAGAGGUAUUUCCAAGAAAGAGGAGAGAUUUAUGCUAAGGCAGGAGAGGAUAAGCGAUCUAUGGCUCUCAACAAACCACAAUUAUCAGAGAAGAAGACAGAUUAGAUUAAGGGCUAGAGUUAGUACAUAGCUUGGGUCGCAAGCAACUUUAUAUAGUUGAGAAAUUUCUUGAAAAUGUGUUGUUAAUUAAUGUAUAUGAUAUAUCAGCCUUGAAUUUAAAUGUUUCUCUCCAUUACAUAAUAUAUGCAUAUUAUAUAGCUUUUGCUUCA